AUGGGGGACUGGUCCAUCCUGGGCCGUUUCCUGGCCGAGGUCCAGAACCACUCGACGGUGAUCGGCAAGAUCUGGCUGACGGUGCUGCUGAUCUUCCGCAUCCUGCUGGUGGCGCUAGUGGGCGACGCGGUCUACAGCGACGAGCAGUCCAAGUUCACCUGCAACACCCUGCAGCCCGGCUGCAGCAACGUCUGCUACGACACCUUCGCGCCCGUCUCACACCUGCGCUUCUGGGUCUUCCAGAUCAUAAUGGUCUCCACGCCCUCCAUCUUCUACAUCGUCUACGUGCUGAAUGAGGUGGCCAAGGAUGAGAAACUGGAGAUAGAGAUGGCAACGCGAGAGGAGGAGGAGGAGGAAAAGGAGGAGGAGGAGAAGGAGAAGAGGAAGGUGAUGACAUCAACCAGGCUUCCCAUCUGUGACGAUCGUCCCACAGCAGGAGAGGAGUGGGAGGAGGAGACGCGGGGUGAUCCUGAGGGCGAGUGUGUGGAGCAGAGAGCCCUGGAGGAGGUGAGGGAGGAACACCAGGGGAAGGAGGAGGUGCAGGGGGUGAGGAAAGACCCCACGGAGCUCUCCAACCAGGUCCUCCUCAUCUACAUCAUCCACGUGGUGCUCAGCUCCAUCAUGGAGAUCUCCUUCCUGGUUGGCCAAUGCUGUCUGUUUGGCUUUGAGGUGCCGCAGCUGUUCUGGUGCAAGACGUACCCGUGCCCCAACCGCACGGCCUGCUUCGUGUCGCGCGCCACCGAGAAGACCAUCUUCCUCAACUUCAUGUUCAGCAUCAGCCUGGGCUGCUUCGUCCUCAACAUGGUGGAGCUGCACUACCUGGGCUGGGUCUACAUCUUCCGGGUGCUCUCCUCCUCCUCCUCCGCCUCCACCUGCUCCAGCCUCUGUGCCCCGCCGCCACCGCCCAUCCUGAGCCCCCCGGAGCCAGAGAGGCUGGGAGUGCACCAGCACCAGCACCAUCCUCUGUGCCUCAAGCACUCUCUGCAGGGCAGGGUGGUGCUGCAGGCCCCUGUCCCCAUGCCCGUGGUCCAGACGAGAAGCUGCUCCUCCAUGACGACACCACCACCAGGUGCCAACCCCAGGCACCCUGUCCCCACCAUCUCAUUUCAGUCAGACGCCACGCUGCAGUGCAGAUCCAUACAGAGGGUGGAUGAGCGGGAGAAUCGCAAGGGCCCGGGGAGACUGGCCAUGUUGGGCCGUGGUGGUGGAAGAUCCUGGCAAUGA